CCUCUCGAGGGCGGGCCGGCUUGGCGGCGGCCGCGGGGGUUAUCUGCGGCUCCGCUGCCAAGCCGAACGGGCUCUGGCUCCUCCCAGUGGCCGGCCGGGGCGGAAGCAGGAGGCGGGGGUAGCGUGCGCGCUGCUGGUCUCCUCUCCCGCGGCGCUGGGGCCCGCGCUUUGCGGCUGCUGCUUCAUUCGGCUGUUCUCAGGAGGCUGGCUCCUCUUCGCGCUGGGCUGCUUCUCGACCAGGCCUCCCUUUCUGCCUCGGCCCGCGGCGCCGACCCUUCCGGUACCCUCCCGCCCCGUCUCGUACUCUCGCCGCCACCACCGCGGUCCCGGCCCCGAUGGCUCUGUGCAACGGAGACUCCAAGCUGGAGAAUGCUGGAGGAGACCUCAAGGAUGGCCGCCACCACUGUGAAGGAGCUGUUGUCAUUCUGGAUGCUGGUGCUCAGUAUGGGAAAGUCAUAGACCGAAGAGUGAGGGAACUCUUCGUGCAGUCUGAAAUCUUCCCCUUGGAAACACCAGCAUUUGCCAUAAAAGAACAAGGAUUCCGUGCUAUUAUCAUCUCUGGAGGACCUAAUUCUGUGUAUGCAGAAGAUGCUCCCUGGUUUGAUCCAGCAAUAUUCACCAUUGGCAAGCCUGUUCUUGGAAUUUGCUAUGGCAUGCAGAUGAUGAAUAAGGUAUUUGGAGGUACCGUGCACAAGAAAAGUGUUAGAGAAGAUGGAGUUUUCAACAUUACUGUGGAUAAUACAUGUUCAUUAUUCAGGGGCCUUCAGAAGGAAGAAAUUGUUUUACUUACACAUGGAGAUAGUGUAGACAAAGUAGCUGAUGGAUUCAAAGUUGUGGCACGUUCUGGGAACAUUGUAGCAGGCAUAGCAAAUGAAUCUAAAAAAUUGUACGGAGCACAGUUCCACCCUGAAGUUGGCCUUACAGAAAAUGGGAAAGUAAUACUGAAGAAUUUCCUUUAUGAUAUAGCUGGGUGCAGUGGCACCUUCACUGUGCAGAACAGAGAACGUGAAUGCAUCCGAGACAUCAGAGAAAGAGUAGGCACGUCAAAAGUUUUGGUUUUACUCAGUGGUGGUGUAGACUCAACAGUUUGUACAGCUUUGCUAAAUCGGGCUUUGAACCAAGAUCAAGUCAUUGCUGUACACAUUGAUAAUGGCUUUAUGAGAAAACGAGAAAGCCAGUCUGUCGAAGAGGCCCUCAAAAAGCUUGGAAUUCAGGUCAAAGUGAUAAAUGCUGCUCAUUCUUUCUACAAUGGAACAACAACUCUACCAAUAUCAGAUGAAGAUAGGACCCCACGAAAAAGAAUCAGCAAAACUUUAAAUAUGACUACAAGUCCUGAAGAGAAAAGAAAAAUCAUUGGAGAUACUUUUGUUAAAAUUGCCAAUGAAGUAAUUGGAGAAAUGAACCUAAAACCAGAGGAGGUUUUCCUUGCCCAAGGUACUUUACGGCCUGAUCUAAUUGAAAGUGCAUCCCUUGUUGCAAGUGGCAAAGCUGAACUCAUCAAAACCCAUCACAAUGACACAGAGCUUAUCAGAAAGCUAAGAGAAGAGGGAAAAGUAAUAGAACCUCUGAAAGAUUUUCAUAAGGAUGAAGUGAGAAUUUUAGGUAGAGAACUUGGACUUCCAGAAGAGUUAGUUUCCAGGCAUCCAUUUCCAGGUCCUGGUCUGGCAAUCAGAGUAAUAUGUGCUGAAGAACCUUAUAUUUGUAAGGACUUUCCUGAAACCAACAAUAUUUUGAAAAUAGUAGCUGAUUUUUCUGCAAGUGUUAAAAAGCCACAUACCCUCUUACAAAGAGUCAAAGCCUGCACGACAGAAGAGGAUCAGGAGAAACUGAUGCAAAUUACAAGUCUACAUUCACUGAAUGCCUUCUUGCUGCCAAUUAAAACUGUAGGUGUACAGGGUGACUGUCGUUCCUAUAGUUACGUGUGUGGAAUCUCCAGUAAAGAUGAACCUGACUGGGAAUCUCUCAUUUUCCUGGCUAGGCUUAUACCUCGCAUGUGUCACAACAUUAACAGAGUUGUCUAUAUAUUUGGUCCACCAGUUAAAGAACCUCCUACAGACGUCACUCCCACUUUCUUGACAACAGGGGUGCUCAGUACUUUACGCCAAGCUGAUUUUGAGGCCCAUAACAUUCUCAGGGAGUCUGGUUAUGCAGGGAAAAUCAGCCAGAUGCCAGUGAUUUUGACACCGUUACAUUUUGAUCGGGACCCACUUCAGAAGCAGCCUUCAUGCCAGAGAUCUGUGGUUAUUCGAACCUUUAUUACUAGUGACUUCAUGACUGGUAUACCUGCAACACCUGGCAAUGAGAUCCCUGUAGAGGUGGUAUUAAAGAUGGUCACUGAAAUUAAGAAGAUUCCUGGUAUUUCUCGAAUUAUGUAUGACUUAACAUCAAAGCCCCCAGGAACAACUGAGUGGGAGUAAUAAACUUCUUCUAUUAAAGUACCGUGUGCAGUUUAAA